AUGUUCUUACUCGGAUCGUCUCUUUAUGUGAAAGUUAAAGUUGGUGAGAGCCCGUUUUCAGGGUUCAUUCAAGUUCUAGUUGUUGCUUUCAAGAACCGGAAAGUCAAUCUUAGUCGCAAUGACUGCUAUAAUCAUAGCCAUGGAAUGGAUCGAGUUGAGCUAACAGAGAACUUAAGGUUUCUCAACAAAGCAUGCAUUAUUAAAGAUUCAAACACAGAUCCAUGGAAUCUCUCCACAGUUGAAAAGGUGGAAUCUCUCAAAUCCUUAAUUAGUAUAGCACCAAUUUGGUCUUCGGGAAUUCUAUUAUUCACCACAAGUUCACAAAGCUACCCAACACUCCAAGCAAAAGCAAUGAAUCGACACAUCACCUCAGGAUUUGAAAUCCCACCCGCAUCAUUUGUCUUAUUCUUGGUCUUAACAGUCACAAUAUGGCUCGCCUUCUAUGACCGUAUCUUAGUCCCGAUUCUAACCAAACACACACAUCAACCGCGUGGGCUCCAUGCAAAAACCCGAAUGGGAAUCGGGCUACUAAUCUCAGUCAUUGCCAUAGUGGUGUCUGCAAUCGUGGAAACCAUAAGGCGCCACAUGGCAAGGUCGGGUAAUGACAUGUCAGCAUUGUGGUUGGUCCCACAGUAUUCUUUGGUAGGAUUAGCCGAGGCUUUUAAUGCAAUAGGGCAGUUGGAGUUUUAUUACUCCGAGCUUCCGAAAAAUAUGUCAAGUAUUGCUGUGGCGCUCUUCAUGGUGAGCAAUGCUUUUUCGGGGAUUUUUGGAAGCUUUUUGAUCAAUGUUGUUGACUCUGUAACAAGUGAAGGUGGUAAUUCUGUUGUCGUCUUCAUCGGAUGUUUUCAUCGUCUACAUGAGCUUGAAGAAGGAUCAGAGUUUGGGGAUUGA